AUGCAUCCCAACGAUGUCUACGUGCACCCUACCGGCAAGCGCGUUAUCGCCCGGCAAAGUCUCGGCCCUAUCGGCAUGCCACAAUUCUCGGCCAAACUUCCUCACAUGCUCGUGAUGCUCAUCCGGAUCUGA